AUGCCAGAUAUCCUAACACAGAAGACCGUGGAGGCGGCCAAGUACGAGGGCCGCACCCGGUUCGUGCGAGACGCCAACGUGAAGGGCCUCAUACUUGCCAUCAACAAGACCUCGAAGACAUGGAAGGUACAGGCGGACCUCUGGCGGGACCGGAGGCUCGUAAAGACCGUGCGCCACACCUUGGGCUCGACCGACGACCUGAGCCUGCGGCGGGCACGCGAGCACGCCCAAGAAGUGCUGCGGCAGAUACGCGCGGGCGUUGAUCCCAACGAGCCGGAGCCGGAGGCUGAGCCAACACCGGGCGUCGGCAGCAUGACGGUCGGCGAGCUUUGGGACGCCUACGAGACGUGGAUGCGCGAGCAGGGCCGCGCGGAGGUAACAAUCGAGGGCUUCCGCCGCCAUCUUGACAAGUACCUGGACGACUGGCGCGACGACCCGAUCAGCGACUUGCGGAAGUCGAUGUGCCGGGAGCGGCACGAGCGGCUGACCAAGAACCACGGCAAGUACCCGGCCAAUCAGGUCAUGCGGUCGCUGCGGGCGGCGUACAACUUCGCAAUCAAGCUGGACGACGACGACGUGCUGCGCGCCAACCCGGUCGGCGGGGUCCACUUCCACCCCGAGCGCCAGCGCGAGGCGAUCAUCCUGCCCGAAGACCUGCCGGACUGGUGGCGGCGCUCCGGCGAGCUCCCGAACCCACUGCGCACGGCGAUGCACCGCCUGGGCCUGCUGUCCGGCCUGCGGCCCGGCACGCUGGUCGGCAUCGAGCGCGAGUGGAUCGACCUCGACGGCAGGGCUAUCACCAUCCCGCGCAUGAAGUCGGGCCGGAGCUUCGCCCUGCCGCUGUCCGAGCCGAUGGUCGGGCUGGUCGAGGAGGCACUGCGGAUCGGCGACGCCCUGUAUCGCGAUCCGCCGUGGCUGUUUCCAACGCGCACGAACGACGGGCGCGAGGUCAUCGCCACGCGGGUCUGGAAGGAGAAGACCAUGCGCGGCGAGACCGGCCACAUCCUGCGGCACACCUACCGCACCAUGGCCGAGCGUCUGGGCGUCCCGCAGAGCCGCGCCCGCGCGCUGCUCGACCACAAGCAGCCGGGGAUCGAGGCCCACUACGUCCACUCCAGCGCCCUGCGCGACGAGCUACUGGCCGAUCAGGAGCGGAUGAGCGCCUACAUUCUUGAGACCGCCAAGGCCGAUCGCUCGAAAACGCCGAUAGCAAGGCAACCCUCGCGGGGUGACGUCCCGCCAGAGGACGGCCUUGUCAUGUCCGAACUUGAUCCCGUCUGGGAGAGGCACGCGCGCGAGAUCGCGUCGCGCGUCGCUGAGCUUCUGCGCGAGCGGUCCGCCGUCGUGCAGGAGUACCUUAGCCCAGAGGAGGCCGCGCGCCUCCUGGGCAUGCCCAUCCGCACACUCGAGAACUAUCGCGUCCGCGACGCUGGCGGGCCGCCCUUCCAUCGCAUCAGCAGCCGCCUCAUCCGGUACCGGGUGUCGGAGCUGCACGAGUGGAUGGAGGCGCGUCGCGUCGAGUGCGAAUAG